CUUUAGUGUGCAGGUGGAUCCAGGCCAGAGACGGCAGCGAGGAUGGGGGGUGGAGGCCAGCUGACAGAGCCAGGAGAGCUGGGCAGCGGUCGAGCUGCUGGUGUUUACACCUGGGAGGAGGUGCAGAGCCACUGCAACAGGAAUGACCAGUGGCUGGUCAUCGAUCGAAAGGUCUACAACAUCACACAGUGGGCCAAAAGGCACCCAGGAGGGUUACGGGUCAUCAGCCACUACGCUGGAGAGGAUGCCACAGAGGCGUUCACUUCUUUUCACCCGGAUUUAAAGUUUGUGCAAAAGUUUCUGAAGCCCCUGCUGAUUGGAGAGCUGGCAUCGACAGAGCCCAGCCAGGACCGAAACAAAAAUGCAGCGAUCAUACAGGAUUUCCACACUUUGCGCGCGCAGGCGGAGCGCGACGGUCUGUUCCGAGCUCGGCCGUUGUUCUUCUGCCUCCACCUGGGUCACAUCCUGCUGCUGGAGGCCCUCGCCUGGCUCAUCAUCUGGCUCUGGGGAACCAGCUGGACGCUGACGUUCCUGUGCUCCAUCAUGCUGGCCGUCGCACAGUCGCAGGCCGGAUGGCUGCAGCAUGACUUCGGCCACCUGUCAGUCUUCAAGAAGUCCAGCUGGAAUCACAUGUUGCAAAAGUUUGUCAUCGGUCAUUUAAAGGGAGCCUCUGCCAACUGGUGGAAUCAUCGCCAUUUCCAGCAUCACGCUAAACCCAACAUCUUCAGCAAGGAUCCCGAUGUCAACAUGCUGCACGUCUUUGUAGUUGGAACCACUCAGCCGGUGGAGUACGGCAUUAAAAAGAUCAAAUAUAUGCCCUAUCAUCACCAACACCAGUACUUCCUCCUUGUCGGACCACCGCUUCUCAUUCCGGUUUACUUCCACAUUCAGAUUAUACGCACCAUGAUUUCCCGCCACGACUGGGUGGAUCUGGCUUGGUCUAUGUCUUACUACCUUCGCUACCUGUGCUGUUAUGUACCGCUGUAUGGCCUGUUUGGCUCGGUGGCGCUCAUCAGCUUCGUCAGGUUUUUGGAGAGCCACUGGUUUGUGUGGGUGACUCAGAUGAAUCAUCUGCCGAUGGACAUCGACCACGAGAAGCACCACGACUGGCUGACCAUGCAGUUACAAGCCACCUGUAACAUUGAGAAGUCCCUCUUCAACGACUGGUUCAGCGGACACCUCAACUUUCAAAUCGAACACCAUUUGUUUCCUACGAUGCCGCGCCACAACUACCACCUGGUGGCCCCGCUGGUCCACGCUCUGUGUGAGAAACAUGGGAUUCCUUACCAGGUGAAAACCAUGUGGCAAGGCCUCGCUGAUGUUAUCAGGUCACUGAAAAACUCAGGAGACCUCUGGCUUGAUGCAUAUCUUCAUAAAUGA